AUGAUAGGCGCGCGCGCGGCGCGGCGGGGGCGCGAGAGGCGCGCGCGCGGCGCGGCGGGGGCGCGAGAGGCGCGCGCGCGGCGCGGCGGGGGCGCGAGAGGCGCGCGCGCGGCGCGGCGGGGGCGCGAGAGGCGCGCGCGCGGCGCGGCGGGGGCGCGAGAGGCGCGCGCGCGGCGCGGCGGGGGCGCGAGAGGCGCGCGCGCGGCGCGGCGGGGGCGCGAGAGGCGCGCGCGCGGCGCGGCGGGGGCGCGAGAGGCGCGCGCGCGGCGCGGCGGGGGCGCGAGAGGCGCGCGCGCGGCGCGGCGGGGGCGCGAGAGGCGCGCGCGCGGCGCGGCGGGGGCGCGAGAGGCGCGCGCGCGGCGCGGCGGGGGCGGGGGGGGGGGCGCGAGAGGCGCGGCGGGGGUGGGGGGGCGCGAGAGGCGCGGCGGGGGUGGGGGGGGGCGCGAGAGGCGCGCGCGCGGCGCGGCGGGGGACUACGAGUCAAUGACUAGUCAACCAGCAGCGUUCAACUACUGA